UAGAUCUUGUUUAUGUUUACAUUAGAAAGAGAUUAUUUUUUUAAAGUGUCUCUUAUGGUGACUUUUUACUAAUUUACUAUUUUAAUUGUGAUUCUAUUUGAUUUGUUUUUUUAUUCUAACGCUUUUUGAUUGGUUCAUUGUUCUCAUCUACAGAUUGAGUGUCGAUAUGAUGUCUUCACCUUCACCGUCCAAAUCUUCAUCUCCCAUCGCUACUCCACCUUCACCUUCUUCAUAUUGUAAUCAAUUGAAAGACAUGCAAUUGAAAAGCUCUAUGAACGUUUUGAAAGAAAAUUUUCUUCGAUCAAAAAUAACUAAAGAUUACGAGACUUUAUCUGAAGAAAUUCAAAGAUUACAGAAGAAAAAUGAAGACCUUGAAUUUGAAAAUAAAGAAUUUCGAGAGACAAUUCUUUACCUUAAUGAUGAGAAACAAAUUAUCGAAGAAGAGAAGAAAGAAAUCGAGGACCAAUUAUCAAAAGAGAUUAAAACACGGACCGAGAUUGAGGUCAAAUUACAACAAAUGACAACCACUAAUCAAUCAUUACAGAAUGAAAUUGAGAGCCUCGGGAAAGAGGUUAAAAAUAGUAACGAUGAACUCGAUAAAUUGGAUAAAAGGUACAUUAAACAUCGAGCGAUCUGGGAGGAGAACGAAAGACGUGCAGAGGAUGAGAUAAAACGAUUAGACCAAUUUCUAGACCAAGUUAAAUGUGUUCUAAAAGAAAAUCCAGAAAUUCUGACCAAAUGUAAACCUCUUGAAGAAUUAUAUCAAAAACUUACAGAGAUCAACAGUUCAGAAUCAAUAUCACCCGAAGACGAUGAAUGAAUACAAAGAAAUGGUUCACCGAUAA